ACACGAGUGAAAGUACGAGAGCGAGAGAGAGAGAGAGAGAGAGAGAGAGAGAGAGAGAGAGAGAGAGAGAGAGAGAGAGAGAGAGAGAGAGAGAGAGAGAGAGAGAGAGAGAGAGAGAGAGAGAGAACUGAGGAACUGGGACAUUAUCGCCGUACCAAUCGCGAGGACAGGCGGUACAUGGCACAAAAUGCUGCGGCUCUGAAACUACAAUAACGUUUUAAUCUUUAUGACACCGCUGAAAAUAACUACUGACCAACCCGUGAUCUCAGGAUGGUGACAAUACAUCCAUUAUCCCUGAUACUCAUUGGCAUGUGCAUCAGCUCUGAAGUUGUGAAAUGCACCUCAGUGUGUUCAAUUGAUGGCUCUGUUGCUGUUUGCAUAGAUAGAAGUCUUCAUCAGGUGCCCGAGCUGCCGGCAUAUGUAAAUAAUGUGGACUUGAGUUACAAUAAUAUUGCUGAACUCAAUGAAACAUCCUUUUCUCGUCUUGAAGGUCUACAAGUCCUCAAGAUGGACCAACAAACACCAGGACUUGUGAUCAGAAACAAUACAUUCAGGAGACUCUCCAGUCUAAUAUCUCUUCAGCUGGGCUACAACCGCAUGCUUCAAUUGGAGAACGGUGCUUUUAAUGGAUUAUUUAACCUUAAGAAUAUCACUCUCACACAAUGUGAUUUAGAUGAUUCCAUUCUGUAUAGUGACUUCCUCAAACCUCUGGUGUCUCUUGAGGCACUCGUCUUACGUGAUAAUAAAAUCGAAAGAAUCCGACCGGCCCCGUUCUUUUUAAAUAUGAGAAGUUUCCACAUACUGGAUCUCUCUCGCACAAACGUCAGGAGCAUCUGUGAGGAAGACCUCCUCAGCUUUCAGGGUAAACAUUUCACUCUUCUCAAACUGUCCACAAUGAGACUGCAAGAGAUGAACGAGAACUGGUCAGGAUGGGACAAGUGUGGAAACCCAUUUAAGAACAUGUCCAUCAAAACAUUGGAUCUAUCUGUAAUUGGCUUUACUGUAAACAUGGCGAAACUAUUUUUUGAUGCCAUCAGGGGUAUCAAAAUACAAAGUCUUGUACUUUGUAAUAGUAGCAUGGGCAGAUCUUCUGGUCAUAACAAUACGAAGGAUCCAGAAAACCUCACAUUCAAGGGUCUCGAGGAGAGUGGUAUUAAGAUUUUCGAUCUGUCCAAAUCCAAUAUUUCUGCUCUGGCAUAUUCUUUAUUUAGUUAUUUGUCAUAUCUAGAACAUAUUACAUUAGCCGAAAACAAGAUCAGCGACAUUAAAAAUAAUGCAUUUUUGGGUAUGACAAAUUUACGAACGCUAAACCUGUCCAAAAACUUCCUAGGCACUAUUGAUUCGAAAACAUUUCUGAAUCUACAGAAACUUGAGGUACUUGAUUUGUCUUAUAACCAUUUGUGGAUUCUAGCAUAUGAAUCUUUGCAAGAGCUCCCAAAUCUACGCAGUCUGAAUUUAACAGGAAAUGUUCUCAAAUCUGUAUAUAAUCUUGCAAGCCUUCCAAAUCUGAUAGAGCUCUUCUUGGGUGACAACAAAAUUACAACUUUGUUUAAGCUACCCAUCAUUGCUCCAAAUAUAACAACUCUCGAUCUGCAGUUCAACAAGCUAACUUCCAUGUCAGAUCUGUACACAAUACUACAGGAAUUUCCUCAAAUUGUGGAACUAAUUUUCCAAGGUAAUGUGUUUCUGAAUUGUUACAACGAGGGAUAUGUUAUGCCUUCACAAAAACUACAAAUCCUUGAUCUUGGACUUACAGGUAUGGAGGUGAUCUGGUCAGAAGGAAAAUGUUUAGAUGUGUUUAACAAUCUUCACCAAUUAGAACAGCUCUCUCUACGUUCCAACUUGCUACAGUCACUCCCUAAAGACGUUUUCAAAGGCCUUGCCUCUUUGUUCUUUUUAGAUUUGUCUUUCAACUCCUUGAAGUACAUCCCUAAUGGUAUAUUCCCUAAAAGUCUACAAAUUCUAAAUCUUGAAUAUAAUUCCAUAUAUUCAGUGGAUCCAAAUCUCUUUAGCACACUCACUUACAUCAGCCUCUUGAACAACCAAUUCCAUUGUGAUUGCAACCUAAGGGAUUUCCAAAAGUGGCUAAAUCAAACCAACAUCAUCUUUGAUCACCCGAUUGCAAAUCUGACAUGUGCUAGUCCUGAGGAUCAAUACAUGGUUCCUGUUUUGACAUCAAACAUACAAUGCGAGGAUGAGGAAGAAGAGAAGUUUACUGAAAAACUGAGGCUUGUGCUUUUCAUUUGCUGUACCGCAUUGAUCAUAUUACUCACUACCAGUGCCAUCGCUUACAUCUGUCGUCGUGGCUACAUCUUCAAACUUUACAAAAGACUUACUGCCAAACUUGUGGGUAGAAAGCUUGAGGAGCCUGAACGCGACCAGUUCUUGUACGAUGUAUAUCUUUGCUUCAGUUCCAAUGAUAUGAAGUGGGUGGAGAGAGCACUGUUGAAGAGAUUCGACUCGCAGUUUUCAGAACAGAAUGUGCUCCGCUGUUGCUUCGAGGAGCGAGACUUCAUACCCGGAGAGGACCAUCUUUCCAACAUGCGAAAUGCUAUCCAGGGUAGUCGCAAAACACUCUGUGUCGUAUCUGAACAUUUCCUGAAGGACGGCUGGUGCUUGGAAACCUUCAACCUGGCUCAAUGCAGGAUGCUAGUCGAGCUUAAGGACAUUCUGGUGGUGUUGGUUGUGGGGAACAUACCCCAGUACAGGUUACUGCAGUACCAACAAGUAAGAUCUUACAUCGAGAACAGAAGAUACCUUCUUUGGCCCGAAGACAGCCAGGACUUAGAGUGGUUUUAUGACCAGCUUUUACAUAAAAUCAGAAAAGACAUCAAGGUUAAUCAAACAAAAGGAAAAGGCAAGCAUGCUGAAACAAAGCCUGAAGCAGCACAUGGUCAGGCAGACACUGCAGUGUAAUUAUGAUAAUGUAUUGAACACACAAUGAACUGAAGGGUAUUCAGCAGCAGUCCAUCAUGUGGAACUGUUGUAAGUACAAAUGCUUUUAGCAGAUUAUAUUUAAGGGCAGAUCACCAAAGUUAGUUUUCUCCUUAUUAAUCACAUUGAAAUACACUGUGAGUUCGGUGACAGGAGGUCUUAAGAAGAUCCGUUCCACUCUUAGCUUGUCAAACGAUGAUCGAAUGUCUAGUUUCUUUACUUGCACACACACUAAGAGAGUAUAUGAACCCAUUAUAUUUGUCUCUGGUUGCCUUUUUGUCUCUGAAACCAUUAUGAGAUAUCUUCCUUGAAUUUCUGUAUUUACUCCACCAUUUAUGUGAUUCAAAUGCUACUGAUUUUUAUCAGCUGAAAUUAAACCUUGUUGCGAUG